UCGAGCAGAGCACAUUCGUGCGUGCACCUCUCUCCUCGAAGGUUCGGCUAUCGCGUUAACGGUUACUCGUUUCCGUGACGCGAAGAAAGAAGAAGAUCGCGCUCGGCUCUUUCGUACAGUGUACGGUGGGACCCUUCGCCCGAACGUUCCCUGGGAUCGGGAGGGAAGCGUUUCCGGCCUGACCAACAGCUGUCGUCCCAACCGACGAUACUUCUGCCGCGGAGAGAACGUGAUGUUGCAUCGAUCUCACGAUCAGUGAAAAUCGCGCGUGCGCUUUGCGGCCCUUCCUUUCGAACGAUUCAAACGUCCGGCCUUCCGUCCGAAGAACCAAAAUGAUUCGUGCGGUGACAUAAAUUCGUGCGGCGGAGGGCUCGCCGAACUUCCAGCGAGAUUACCGCACGCCUGGGAAGGAACGAAAUUAAGGCAUCGAGCGUAAAAGUUGCCGCACAAAAGUCCGAACAGCUGUGAACAGCGGGUACCUGGAGAUAAUCUCAUCGGGAUAACCAUCGCUGGGACGGAGACCGCGAGGCUCCCGAGGCGGGAUUCGGCUCGAAAAUGAUGUUCGUGCGACUGCACGCGGCAAACAUACCGAAGGAUCGUUGAUGAAGCGAAAGAGAAUCGCUCGAAAAUGACCGUCGCGAUGGAACACAAGCGGAAGAGCUCGUGGGAUUCGAAGAUUUCGGUGAGCACGGUCAGCACCAGAAGAUUUAGCCGUGCCGGGACUCCGAGCUCGAUUCUGUCCUCGGACAGCGACAUUCGGUUCACGAGGAAACUCGGCGGGCAGUACCGUUGCGGGUGCUGCGUGUUGGCUGCGUUUUUGCUCUUCCUUCUGUUUUCGGGGGUCUCCAUCUACCUUGGCUAUACGUUCUUAACCUCAGACCCCCCAGGCGAUCAAAUCUUCUUAGCUACUUUCCGAGUUACCGAGGGAGAUUCGUUUGCUACGGAGCUGGCAGAUCCCUCUACCGAAGCCUUUCGAAUACGAUCCCGAGAGUACCGUGAUCGGUUGAACGUCGUCUUCCGUCGUAGCUGGUUGAAACUCUCGUUCCUCGCCGCGGAGAUAUUAGCGCUCGAUGGAUCCGAGGGAGGCGACUUGGUCGUGCAUUUCGACGUCAGAUUCGACCCCCGCUACCAGACUAUCACGACCGCGGACGUCGUGGAUAUCCUGUCGAGGGAGAUUAAUCCCGAAACCUCGAAAUACUUGACGAAUCUGACGAUAGACCAGCAGAGUCUCGAGGUACAGGAAAGUAUAAAAGCGCUGAACGCUCAGGUCAGCUCGCAACCUACCGUUUCGACGCCACCGCCGACCACCUCGGCGGCACCGCCGCCCAGAAGAUGCAGCCCCAUGGACUUGUCCUAUUGCAAACAUCUGCCGUACAACGUCACGUCCUACCCGAACGUGCUGGGUCACGGUUCCUUGGCCGACGUGGAAGAGGAUGUGAUCGCUUUCAGGGAACUGGUCGACGCGGAAUGCUACCGACUGGCGUACGACUUCGUCUGCCAAGUCCUCCAACCGGCGUGCGUCUCGAAUCAACCGCAAGACCUGCUGCAGUUGCCGUGCAGGAGCUUCUGCAGGGAGUUCUGGAGCGGAUGCGGCAGCCGACUCCCGGAUAGAAUCAAACGGUUACUGGACUGCUCGAAUUUCCCGGAGUACGCGGACCAAGGCGGCUGCAGAGCGAAACCAGGAUGCGUGCAAGCGCUUCAAGAGAAAGCAUUGUCCCCGAGAAUUUGCGACGGCGUGAUCGACUGCCCUGACCUUUCGGACGAAAAGAACUGCGCUUAUUGUCGCGACGGUUACAUGCACUGCGGCGUAGGUAGAACGUGCAUUCCGCAUACCAAGAGAUGCGAUGGAAAACUGGACUGCGCGAACGGCAGCGACGAGAAGGAUUGCCGUAAGUAUUGUCCGCCGCGAGCGAAGGCGCGGUUGGAUUUCCCUGUUUCUGCAUACCCGAACGAUUCGACUGCGAGCAGUGUCCCUGGCGCCGACGAUCCGAGCCAUCAAGUCUCAGCCCCUGGACACCCCGCACGCCGCCAAGUACAGCAACGAGGGUUUCGUGGUGUUCAACGAGAAAGGUACCAUCGGCAAACUCUGCACCGCGAACCUGAACGCGACGCUGCCUGGGACGGAAAUGGAGACCGUUCUCCAAACUGCGGCCAGCUCGCUGUGCAACUUGUUGACGUACACGGGCGUCGAAUUCGUGGAGAUCAGAGUCGACGACGAAGAGGACGUCCAAUACGUGCACAUGGAGGAUCCAUCAGCCACGGAGAUCACGUUUGUCAGAGCUCCUUGUCCGAGCAGGGAAGUCAUGUACGUCCGGUGCUCCGAACUUGGUACGGAAACGCUGAACUACAAGAAUUUCUGAUCGAUUGGAAUCUAUCUCGUACCGCUGGAAGUUUCACGCGAUGUUUUUGCCUAGAGUGCGGCGUGCAAUCCUUGCGUACGAAGAGUGGCACCCGCGGUCUGAACAAAAUGGCGGAGCCGGGCGACUGGCCUUGGCACGUGGCUCUGUUCAAAGAAGAGGUGCACGUCUGCGACGCCACGCUCGUCGCGGAGAACUGGUUGAUCACCACUGCGUCCUGUUUCCAAGGUCAGUCGAAAGCGGAAUGGUCCGCGAGAAUGGGCACCGUCCGACUCUCGAGCACGUCGCCGUGGCAGCAGGAGCGCAGGAUCGUGGGAAUGAUCAAAUCGCCGGUGGAAGGAAGCACGACGGUCUUGUUGAAGCUGGAUCGGCCGUUGACCGCAUUCUCGGAUUUUGUGAGGCCAGUGUGUCUACCGUCGAAUCAGGAUCCGCCGGCGAACGCGUCCAUCUGCAACACUCUCGGCUGGGCUAGGAAUCGCGACCUGCUGCAGAGAGUACAGCUUAGGCACAGCGCGAUGGAGAGGUGUGAAAAUAUUAGCAUCGCCUCGGUGAACAGCGUCUGCACCGAACCUGCCUAUUCUACUGACGAUUGCAACGAGGAAGAAGUCGCCGGCAGUCCUAUGUUGUGUCUUCGCUCGGACGGUCAAAGAUGGGCAUUGACGGGGGUCGGAAGUUGGCGUAUCGCCUGCUCGAAAGCCGGCAUCGAAAGGCCCCGACUGUACGACAAAGUAUCGUCGAACAUCGCUUGGAUACGAUCCACGAUCGAGUGAUUCUUUUACCUAAGACACGACAAUUCGAAUUUUCGACUCGGAUUGGAACCGAAACGAACAUUGCGAUACCGUGCGAUGGAACGGAUGAUGUGUCACGCGACAUCAUUGCAGAGGCGGUCGCGUCUGUCGUUGGACCGUGUUUCAUUUGUUAAUAACAGUUAUCGAUACUCGUUCGCUCUCCGACGCGACUGUGAAACACUCGAGGAACGUUUUCUACAUCUCAUGCUUGUAAGAAGCUCGUCGAAUGUUCGUUAUUGUACGUUAGAUGCGACGGAUCGAGAACCGCGCGUUCGACGGACGUGCGGCGACCUCUUCGGGAAACGAAGUGAAAUACAUGGACGACGCUACGUAACUGUACUCGGGCAACGUGUUAUCCUUCUUACGCGGAUUUACUUUCGUCCCACGGGAGUAUAGUUAUAUUCGAUCGCCUUCCCGCUUGCUCACCGACGUUACAUAAGCGGAGAUACUUUACAUCAAGUUCAGAGUCUUCGUACCGUAGACGUGCCGCUGACAUUCUGCGAGUACCUUUGCCGGUGAUGCGAACCCAAUACUGCGCAGGGUCCGGUGGGAAUAGUGGGAGGCCUCGAUAGAGUUACUAGGUAAAAGCGCAACGCUUGCGCGUCAGACGUUGGUGCAGCGGUGUUCGUCGGUGCAGCGUGCACGCUGGUAAACACGCGGAGGAUUCGACCGUUUCGGUGAAACAAAGGAAAUGAUCUUUUUCAGUAGAUCGCGCCGAACCGUACCCAAUUGUACAGUUCUUCACGAAUAAAGUGGUUCCAGUUUUCCUGUUCGUUUUCAAUGAACCGUUUGUCCUCGUACCGAAUGUUCGUGUAAACAGCACAUUCUUCGAGCGAUUCUCACUCGAUCA